AUGUUUGAGGAAGACUUUGAGCGCUGCUUCAUCUGCCAGCAGCCCUGCAAGGGGCUGUACUGCUCAGCAGAGUGCAAGCAGCAGGACAAUGGCACCCCUUCCCCCGCGAUCAAGCCCGCGCACGGCAUUCACCUCACGGCGCAGCUUCCCUCGUCGCUUUCGCCUCGUGUGCGCCCCGUGCACCAGAUUGCGCCGUCGCCCAUCUUCUCGCCUCGUCGCCGUGGCGGAUCGAGCAGCUCGUCGUCCAUCUCCGAGUCGCCCAUCCAGUCGCCGGCCACGAAUCCCGUCGACGGUGGCUCUCCCAACAAGGAGUGCUUCAACCUCCCUCCCCCCGCCUACCCGACGCAGGUCUUUGGCUCUCUUUCCACGAUGCCUGUCAAGAUUCCGAGUUCAUCACGGACACCGGUCAUGAUGACUGUUCCUCUGGCUGGCACGACGGCGCCCUCGGGCACGUCGGUUGAGACUCUGCGCUUCGGUCGCAAGUCGUCUGUCACGAACAGUGUCACUAGCCCUCUCGCUCUCCUUCCCCGCUGCGGCUGCGGACGACCGAUCGGCCACCGGGCACGCAGCCGGGAUCGCUCCGACGCCGCCGAGGCGAUCAGCUGCCUCUCGCUCGGCCCGAACAACGACGAGGUGCGAUCAAGUGCCUCGCGCGUCUGCUCCGACAGCAGCCGGAAUCAGGGAACGCGGACGCCGAACAUUCUCUGCCCCGCCCUCCCGGAAGAGCGGAGUAUCACGCACGUCCUCGGCUCGUCGCUGCUCUCGCGGAGUCGCAGCGACCCCCACCCUCCCUCACCUCGUGCUUCGAUGGGUGGCAUUCACCCCCGCCCCGCCCUCGAGCUCUCCGGUGUCGCCGCGCCCAUGAACCACAGCCCGCUGCCCCCCGUCACGUCCGCCAUGCCCAACAUGACCCUCCCGAAUACCGGACGGGAAACGCGCGGCCGCUCUCGCGAGCGCGUCGCCCGCCCCGAUCGCCAGCCCGUCUCCAAGCUCACGCACCACGAGGAGCGCGAGGUCGCCCCCAGCCGCCUCGACCGGAACAGCCGCGAGCGCUCUCGCGAGCGGAAUUCGCGCGAGCGCGGGCGCAUGGCUCACUCGCGCUCUCGCUCUCGUCCUGCCCGCCGUAGCGGCGAGCUCGCCCUGGGUCUCAGCUACGAGGACCGCGGUCGUCUCCGUCCCCAGGUGCUUGCUUGA